ACGCGCAGUUGUCCGGGUGUUGCGUUGCAAUGGAUGAGGCGGAAAAAUUCCCGUGAGAGAAAAUAAUCUUCGUCCCAGCGUGGGGGCCUUGUGUUCUACUCCCCCUUCCCCGGUCGGUGCGCCCCGGGAGCAGGGAAGCCACCAGAAGGAAUCCAGCCAUCCAUCACCAAGAAGAAAUCUAUUAGUUUUAGACCGGGGAAUUCCUUUACCUAAAAAAUUAGAAUGAAAGAACCUUUGGAUGGUGAAUGUGGCAAAGCGAUGGCACCACAGCGGGGGCUUCUGGACAAAAUUAAAGAAGAACCUGACAAUGCUCAAGAAUAUGUACAUGCUUCAAAGCCGAAAACUCAAGAAAGUGAACUGAAAAUUAGUGCUGUCUUUUCAGUCAGUGACAGUCCUCUUGGUAAGAAACAGAACUGUAAGUUAGUUAGAAUCAGUAUUUGUUAUAUUCUGACGAGUAGAAUUGAGGGAAAGUACCUCAUGUAAGUCUUUUUCUUCCUUUAGACAAAGCAGUGCUUUUCAAACUGGCUAGCUGGUCUUGACCAGUAUUUUAAAAAGUGGAAUAUAAUUACAGUUGAUCCUUGAACAACAUGGGUUUGAACUGCGCAGGUCCACUUACAGGUGAUUUUUUUCAAUAAAUAUAGUACCUGUAUUUUUAUUCUACAGAUCUGUAAAUUAAGUGUGGGGACAUUUUUAUGUUCUAUUGGAGAUCACAGUAUGUGGAAUCAGAAGAACUAGGGUUUGAGUCCUGAUUCUAUCCAGACUGUUUCAGCUUCCUGCCCUUGGAUGAGUCAUUUCUUUUUUUCAGUUCUUUUGUUUUUGAGACAGAGAUAGCAGGACACGGAUUUUUGACUGCGUGGGGUCGGCGCCCCUAACCUCUGAGUUGUUUAAGGGUCAACUGUAUAUCAAUGUGGUGCAUAUAGUAAGGAAACGUUAUUUCAUGAAAUUACUGUUUCAGUUAUUAAAUUUUAUAUACAUAUACACACACAUGCAUGCACACACAUGCACAUACAGAUGUAUGUGUGUGUCUCUUGGGUUAUAAUGUGAAAUGUAGUUCUAACUAUGUGUCAUGGUUAAAAAGUUUGAAGCUGCCUGUUUUAGAGUGGUUAUUGCCUCAAUAUUGGAUUUCAAGACUGAGGGAAUUUGUGCUAAAAAAUAGAGAAUGUAUAUAUGUUCAUGUUGAUGUGAAAACAGUUUUUGUUGUUGUUGUUGUUUUUUCUUAUUUUGUUUUUAUAGCCCAACAGUUGACCCCAGGCUUUCAGCUUUCUCUUGCAUCAUCUGGCCCAAAUAUAUCGCUUCCUUCAGUUCCAGCCGUAGCUAUUCAGGUUUUUUGUUCUGGUUGCAAAAAAAUGCUUUAUAAGGGGCAAACUGCAUUUCAUAAGACAGGAUCUACUCAGCUCUUUUGCUCCACAAGGUGCAUCAUCGGAUAUUCUUCACCUGUCUGCCUACCACCUCCUCCCAAGAAAACCUGUGCAAACUGCUCAAAAAACAUUUUAAAUCCAAAGGAUGUGAUCACAACCCGAUUUGAAAAUUCCUCUCCUAGCAAAGAUUUCUGCAGCCAAUCAUGCCUUUCUUCUUAUGAGCUAAAGAAAAAACCUGUUGUUACCAUAUAUACCAAUAGCAUUUCAACUAGGUGCAGUAUGUGUCAGAAGAAUGCUGAUAUUCGAUUUGAAGUUAAAUAUCAAAAUGUGGUACAUGGUCUUUGUAGUGAUGCCUGUUUUUCAAAAUUUCAUUCUACCAACAACCUUACCAUGAACUGUUGUGAGAACUGUGGGAGCUAUUGCUAUAGUAGCUCUGGUCCUUGCCAGUCCCAGAAGGUUUUUAGUUCAACAAGUAUAACAGCAUAUAAACAGAAUUCAGCCCAAACUCCUCCAUAUGCCUUGGGGAAAUCAUUGAGGCCCUCAGCUGAAAUGAUUGAGACUACGAAUGACUCAGGAAAAACGGAGCUUUUCUGCUCUAUUAAUUGCUUAUCUGCUUACAGAGUUAAGACAGUUAUUUCUUCAGGUGUCCAGGUUUUGUGUCAUAGUUGUAAAACCUCAGCAGUCCCUCAGUAUCACCUAGCCAUGUCCAAUGGAACUAUAUACAGCUUCUGCAGCUCCAGUUGUGUGGUGGCUUUCCAGAAUGUAUUUAACAAGCCAAAAGGAACAAACUCUUCAGCAGUGCCCUUGUCUCAGGGCCAAGUGGUUGUAAGUCCACCCUCUGGGUCAGCAGUGCCAGCAGGAGGAGGUGACACCUCUGCCGUUUCCCCCAGCUCCGUCCGUGGCUCUGCCGCAGCCAAUCUCCAGCCUCCUUCUGCUCAGUCCCAGCAAGUUGCUUUGACCCAUACAGUUGUUAAACUCAAGUGUCAGCACUGUAACCAUCUGUUUGCCACAAAACCAGAACUUCUUUUCUACAAGGGUAAAAUGUUUCUGUUUUGUGGCACGAUUUGCUCUGAUGAAUACAAAAAGAGAAAUAAAGUUAUGGCAAUGUGUGACUACUGUAAACUGCAGAAAAUUAUAAAGGAGACUGUACGAUUCUCAGGGGUUGAUAAGCCAUUCUGUAGUGAAGUUUGCAAAUUCCUCUCUGCCCGUGACUUUGGAGAACGAUGGGGAAACUACUGUAAGAUGUGCAGUUAUUGUUCACAGACAUCCCCUAAUUUGGUAGAAAAUCGAUUGGAGGGCAAGUUAGAAGAGUUUUGUUGUGAAGACUGCAUGACCAAAUUUACUGUUCUGUUUUACCAGAUGGCCAAGUGUGAUGGUUGUAAACGACAGGGUAAGCUAAGUGAGUCCAUAAAAUGGCGAGGAAACAUCAAACAUUUCUGUAACCUAUUUUGUGUCAUGGAGUUUUGUCAUCGUCAACAAAUUAUGAAUGACCCUCUGUCACAAAAUAAAGUAAAUAUUUCUAAGGCGCAAACUGCUUCAGUGGAGCUCCCUUCUGCAAGGACAAAUACAAUACCAGUUAUAACCAAUGUGGUGUCAUUGGCAAAAAUAUCUCCUGCCCAGCUCACAGGGAAUGUUGUUUUAAAAGGUGCAGUUAAUACUAAAGAGGCAGCAAAGAUCAUUGAAGAUGGAAGUACACAGACAGAUGCCAUGAAACUUCUGUCUUCCCAGUCUUUGAAGCUUUUAAAGAACAAAGCAUUAUUGUGCAAACCCGUCACACAGACCAAGGCCACCUCUUGCAAACCACAUACACAACACAAGGAAUGUCAGACAGAUUUAUCUAUGCCUAACGAGAAAAAUGAUGCGGAACUUGAUUCUCCACCUGCAAAGAAAAAAAGAAUAGGUUUUUUCCAGACUUAUGAUGUGGAAUAUUUAAAAGUUGGUUUUAUUAUCUGUCCGGGAUCAGAAGAAAGUUCACCAAGGCCACAGUGUGUCAUCUGUGGAGAAAUUUUAUCCAGUGAAAACAUGAAGCCAGCAAAUCUUUCUCAUCAUUUGAAGACAAAGCAUUCAGAAUUAGAAAACAAACCAGUAGAUUUUUUUGAAGAAAAAUCUCUUGAAAUGGAAUGUCAAAACAGUGCUUUAAAAAAGUGUUUACUAGUUGAAAAGUCACUUGUGAAAGCUUCUUAUUUAAUUGCUUUCCAAAUUGCUGCCAGCAAAAAGCCAUUUUCCAUUGCUGAAGAAGUAAUUAAACCAUAUUUAGUAGAAAUGUGUUCAGAAGUUUUGGGUUCCAGUGCUGAAGACAAAAUGAAAACCAUUCCUCUUUCUAAUAGUACAAUUGGACACAGGAUUGAUGAACUAUCUGCAGACAUUGAAGAUCAGCUGAUUCAAAAAGUCAGAGAGUCAAAGUGGUUUGCCCUUCAGAUAGAUGAGUCAUCAGAAAUCUCAAAUACCACCCUUCUUUUGUGCUAUAUUCGUUUCAUUGAUUAUGGUUGUAGUGAUAUAAAAGAAGAAUUAUUAUGUUGCAUUGAAAUGCCUUCUCAAAUGACUGGUUUUGAAAUAUUUGAACUAAUAAAUAAAUAUAUUGAUAGUAAAUCUCUGAACUGGAAGCAUUGUGUUGGUCUCUGUACAGAUGGGGCUGCAAGCAUGACUGGUAGGUGUUCUGGUUUAAGGGCAAAAAUUCAAGAAGUUGCCAUGAAUACAGUGGCAUUUACACAUUGUUUUAUUCACCGUGAACAUUUAGCAGCAGCAAAGUUGUCUCCGUGCUUACAUGAAAUUCUUUUGCAGUCAGCACAAAUUUUAAGUUUUAUAAAGAGCAAUGCGUUGAAUUCACGAAUGUUAACAAUUUUGUGUGAAGAGAUGGGGUCUGAGCAUGUGAAUUUACCACUUCAUGCUGAAGUACGUUGGAUAUCAAGAGGGAGAAUUUUAACAAGAUUAUUUGAAUUACGACAUGAAAUUGAAAUAUUUUUAAAUCAAAACCAUUCAGAUUUGGCCAAGUAUUUUUUUGAUGAGGAAUGGGUUGCAAAGCUGGCCUACUUAUCAGAUAUUUUUUCACUUAUAAAUGAACUAAAUUUAAGUCUCCAAGGAUCUAUGACUACUCUCUUCAAUUUGUAUAAUAAAAUCGAUAUGCUUAAGAAAAAGUUAAAAAUGUGGUUGAAGCGCAUGCAAGAGAAUGAUUAUGACAUGUUCCCUUCAUUUUCUGAAUUCUCAAACUCAUCAGGCUUAAAUAUGAGCAGUAUUGCAAGCAUUAUUUUUGAGCACCUGGAAGGACUUUCUCAAAUGCUCAAUGACUGUUACCCACCAGAAGAAGACUUGUGUUCAGGAAAUUUGUGGAUAAUUAAUCCUUUUAUGAAUCACCAAAAUAGUAAUCUCACGGACUUCGAAGAAGAAAAACUAGCACAGUUAUCGUCAGAUUUAGGAUUACAAUCAGUAUUUAAAUCAAUGUCUGUAACUCAGUUUUGGAUAAAUGCAAAGGCAAGUUACCCAGAACUCCAUGAAAAGGCACUGAAAUUUUUAUUGCCUUUUUCAACUAUUUAUUUAUGUGAUGCUACAUUUUCAGCUUUGACUGAGUCAAAACAAAGAAAUCUGUUGGUUUCUGGCCCUGCCCUACGACUUGCAGUCACAUCUUUAAUUCCGAGGAUAGAAAAAUUAGUAAAGGAGAAAGAAUAGUAAUGUGCAUAUUGCUUAUUAUCAAAGUCUAUAAUUUUGUGUUAAAUUUUGUAUGAGAUAAGUAUCCUAAAAUAUAAAUUCCUAAUGUGGAUGUGUGUUCUCGGUGAUUAAAUAAGUGUUUUAAUAA